AUGCCAGGCGCACGGCACAAUUUUGGGCGGGGCUUUCCUAACGGCGACCAAUACGACGAGGAGGCCAUUGAGGGAAACAUCAACGAUGGGAAGUGUGGAUUUUUUGAGAAUACGGGCGGGGCCAAGUAUGUGGGAACGCAGUUGCUGGGUAAACCGCAUGGAAAGGGCAAGUACACCGUUCCCGGUGUGAUGGGUUAUAUAUAUGAAGGUGACUUCGUGAAUGGGGAGCGAAGCGGAAAUGGAGUUUGUACCUUUUCGAACGGUAGGAAAUAUGAGGGGGAUUGGCUGGGAGACACGAUGCACGGUAACGGGACACUCUAUGGGGCAGAGGGCGUCGAUGAUUUUGUGGAGUAUGUUGGCCCUUUUGUGGAGGGGGAGCGAAGUGGUGCGGAUGGAAGAUGUCAAUAUGUGAAUGACAACAUUUAUAAGGGAUCGUGGCUUCAUGAUAAGCGAAAUGGCCGUGGGGAAUUGAUAUUGGGACGAGCGUCUAGCACGCCUGGGUACACACCACGGAUGGGCGAACCUCAUAUUGUCUCAUACAAGGGUAAGUUUGAGAAUGAUGCACCAAGGGGAAUGGGAGAAUUUCUUUACUCAGACGGUAGCAGCUAUGUGGGUGAAUGUGUCGGGUUUUCUCGUCAUGGUGAAGGUUUGCACCGUAAAGUGAAUGGUGAUACAUACAAGGGUGGCUUUCAACUUGACCGUCUAUGGGGAAAAGGGGUUUUGCACA